AUGGGCUUCGCAUUUUGGAAGGGGAACCAGUUCCCGGUGGAGGGGAAGACAGUCCUCCUCACUGGUGCCUCUCAAGGCAUGGGCAGAGAAGUCGCCAAGCUGCUAUCUGCCCGCGGCGCAAACCUUGUCCUCGUUGCCCGAACCGUUAAGAACCUCGAAGCCGCCGUCGAAUACGUGCGAUCACAUGCAAAGAACCCUUCCAGCCAACGUUUCCACUACAUCUCCGCCGAUGUAUCCUCUGAGGCAGAGAACGCACGCAUACUUGCUGAAACCACCGCCUGGAACGAUGGCGUUAUGCCUGAGGUCGUAUGGGCAAUUGCCGGAGCUUCGAUACCAGGGCUUUUCGUAGAGACCAAUACCGAGACCAUGCGCAAGCAAAUGGAUCUGAACUACUUCUCAGCUGCGUACCUCGCACAUAAGACACUGACGGCCUGGUGGUACCCUGACACGCCGUACUCGUCGCAGGAAAAGAGCGCUGUACCUCAAGGAACACGGCACUUCAUUCUCACAUCCUCGGGAGUUGCGUUUGUGGGUCUGGCGGGCUACACACCCUACUCACCUGCAAAGGCUGCGCUGCGCUCACUGGCAGACGGUCUGCGCUCGGAAGUCCUGCUGUACAACGGAGCGCGCCGCUCGCAAGCUGCGACAGGGCAGACACCUGCACCGUUUGAUGUCAACAUCCAUGCUGUCUUCCCUGGUACAAUCCUCUCACCUGGGUUCGAGAACGAGGAGAAGACUAAGCACCCCGUCACACGUCUGCUCGAAUCGUCUGACCCCAAGCAGACUGAGGUGGAAGCUGCGACUGCCGCUGUUAGAGGGCUGGAGAAUGGCAACUACAUGCCGACAACGAACUGGAUGAUAGAUCUGCUACGCUGGGGUUCGCUGGGCAGCAGCCAGAGGAACAAUAUCAUAGUCGACACAUUGAUGGCAUGGAUUGUGUCCAUCGUGUGGCUUGUCAUGCUCCCGGAUAUUAACGGCAAGGUCUGGGGAUGGGGCAAGAAGGAGGGCAUGCCAAAGCUCAGGCAAAACGCACAGUAG